CGGGUCGGGCGGCGCGGGUCGGGCGGCGGGGCCGGGGCCUGGAUAGCUUGGCGUAACUGGCAGCUAGUCCUCGCCCUCCCGGGUCGGCGGCGGGCCGACAGGCAUCCCGUGAGCGCCUGCUGCACUGUCGUCACGUGAUGGCGCCCCCCGGGGAAGGACGUGACGCAGCCCUGCUCCCAGAAUUUCCCAGGGGACCCCUUGACACCUACCGAGCAAGAGCGUCCUUCAGCUGGAAGGAGCUGGCGCUGUUCGCGGAAGGCGAGGACAUGCUCCGCUUUAAGAAAACCAUCUUCUCAGCUCUUGAGAAUGACCCUCUUUUCGCCCGUUCCCCUGGAGCCCAUCUGUCCUUGGAGAAGUACCGUGAGCUGAACUUCCUCCGAUGCAAGCGGAUCUUCGAGUAUGACUUCCUCAGUGUGGGAGACAUGUUCGAGAACCCGCUGAAAGUCUCCACCUUGACUCAGUGCCUGGGGAUGUAUGACUGGUCCCUGGCUGCCAAGUACCUCCUUCAUACCUUGGUUUUUGGAUCGGCGGUGUUCAGUUCUGGUUCUGAAAGACACUUUGCCUACAUUCAAAAGAUCUUCAGUAUGGAGAUCUUCGGAUGUUUUGCUCUGACCGAAUUAAGCCACGGCAGUAACGCCAAGGCCAUCCGCACAACUGCCCACUACAACCCUGCCACUGAGGAAUUCAUCAUACAUUCCCCUGAUUUCGAAGCUGCCAAGUUUUGGAUUGGCAACAUGGGCAAGACAGCCACUCACGCGGUGGUGUUUGCUCAGCUGUACGUGCCGGGGGGCCAGUGCCACGGGCUGCAUCCCUUUAUCAUACAGAUCCGGGACCCGAAGACCCUUCUUCCCAUGCCCGGAGUGAUGGUUGGCGACAUAGGGAAGAAACUGGGGCUGAACGGUCUGGAUAACGGAUUCGCUGUGUUCCACAAGGUCAGAGUUCCUCGCCAGAGCCUCCUGAACCGGAUGGGAGACGUCACCCCCGAGGGCACCUACGUCAGCCCCUUUAAGGACGCCAGGCAGCGCUUAGGAGCAUCCCUGGGGAGCUUGUCCUGGGGCCGGGUCGCCAUCAUGGGCAUGGCAGUCGCUAACUUGAAGCUGGCCGUGUCCAUCGCAGUUCGCUUCUCAGCCACUCGGCGUCAGUUUGGACCAACAGAGGACGAGGAAAUCCCAGUGCUUGAGUACCAGACACAGCAAUGGCGCUUGCUUCCGUAUCUGGCGGCUGCCUACGCCUUAGAACACUUCUCCAAGUCGCUCUUCCUGGACUUGGUGGAGUUCCAGCGAGGCCUUGCAGCGGGAGACCGCAGUGCCAGACAGGCAGAGCUCGGACGAGAGAUCCACGCUCUGGCAUCGGCCGGCAAGUCCCUGGCCUCGUGGACCGCCCAGCAAGGAAUUCAGGAAUGCCGGGAGGCGUGUGGGGGACACGGCUAUCUGGCUGUGAACCGCUUGGGGGUCCUCAGAGAUGACAACGAUCCCAACAGCACGUACGAAGGUGACAACAACGUCCUGCUGCAACAGACAAGCAACUAUUUGCUGGGCCUCCUGGCGUGCCGGGUCCAGGAUGGAGCUUGCUUCCGAAGUCCGCUCAAGUCGGUGGACUUUCUGGACAGCUAUCCCGGCAUCCUUGACCAGAGGUUUGAGGUCUCCAGCGUUGCCGACUGCGUGGACUCCGCAGUCACCCUGGCGGCGUACAAGUGGCUGGUUUGCUACCUGCUCCGAGAGACUCAUGAAAAAUUAAACCAAGAGAAGAGAUCAGGAAGUGAUGACUUUGAAGCAAGGAACAACUGCCAGGUGUUCCACGGCCGCCCCUUGGCGCUGGCCUUCAUGGAGCUCACGGUGCUGCAGAGGUUCCACGAGCACGUGCACCGGCCCUGCGUGCCGCCCUCGCUGCGGGCCGUGCUGGGGCGGCUCAGUGCUCUCUAUGCCCUGUGGUCCCUGAACCGCCAUGCGGCCCUGCUCUACCGAGGUGGAUACUUCUCCGGUGAGCAGGCGGGAAGAGUGCUGGAGAGUGCCAUCCUGACCCUGUGUUCCCAGCUGAAAGACGACGCAGUUGCCCUGGUGGACGUGAUCGCGCCUCCCGACUUUGUUCUGGGCUCACCGAUUGGCAGAGCCGACGGCGAGCUCUACAAAAACCUCUGGGGCGCUGUCCUGCAGGACAGCAAGGUGCUGGAGCGGGCGUCCUGGUGGCCGGAGUUUUCUGUGAACAAACCUGUCACAGGAAGUCUGAAAUCGAAGCUGUAAUGGCACCAGCACGCAUUCAGCUAAGUCUAAUGAAAGUGUGGAACUACUGAGGAUGUGGACCUCAAAUUCUGAUUCCAGAAGACGCCAGAGAUUGCGGCCACCUUCUGAGCCCGC